CUUAAAACUAAAGGGAAAGGGCGAGCUGGACAUUCGAGUGCAGAAAUGAGCCCGAUUGCUCCGCCUUGGUCCCACGCACCUGCGGCGAAGCGAUUCGUCCUGCGGCUCUUCAUCUCGCUCAAGUACGUGACCGCCAACGUGGUGGAUCGCCGAAGCGGUAGGGUUAUCGUGACGGCUUCCUCGGUGGAGAAGGCGCUCAGGGAAGGCCUCGACUGCGGCCGCACCUGCAACUCCAAGGCGGCCGCCGCAGUCGGCGAAGUCCUCGCCAUGCGCCUCAAGGUCGACGGCCUGGCCACCGAGCCCAUUCACGCUAAUGCCGCCAAGGAAGUCGAGAAGAAAGGGUUCAAGAACCGCGCCAAGGUAUGGGCCAUCCUCAACGCCAUCCGCUCCCACGGCGUUAACCUUGUCAUCGAUGGAGGCGACGGCCGCACGGAUCAUGAUGUCCCUCGAUGGUGACGACGACAACCUGUUUGACGAAAUUCCUGAAGGAUGAUUUUCACGGCAUGUAAUUGUAUUGUAACGAAUACAUGAUUCUUUUCAUCCUCCGAACCUCUUUAGGCUCUGUCAAAUAGGAAAAAAUAUUACCUCAGGAGUACUGAUGCAUCAGUACUCCAAUGAGGGGGUGCCACGUAGGCAAUGGUCUCACCGUGGUGCCUACGUGGCACCCCUCAUUGAAGUACUGAUGCAUUAGUACUCCUGAGGUAAUAUUUUUUCGUCAAAUAGAGAGAAUAUUAGGUCAGGGCUCCCAAUGAAUGCGCCACCUUUAAAGUAGAUAAAUUACAAUAUAUUGGCACUGAUUGGUCUAUUUUACACGUGUCACUCC